CAAUGCCCCCCCUCUCUCCCUUGCUCUCUGGGUGCUAUGCGUGGCCUCCUUGGAUCUGUCCUGAAGGCAUCUGUUUUUAAUGCUGCUUUUAAUGUGCAGUUUUUAUUGGCACAACAUCAAUAAUCCACAGUGAAAUAACGUUCUCGUCCUUCACCUUCCCUUCUGCUGAGUCUCCUUGCGAUGGUCGGCUUCUCCCUGGAAGCCCAGAAGCGCUUAGCGGCCGACAUCACCCGCGUCCUCUCCCUCUACGGCUUCAUUACGGAUGCCUACAUCAUUGAGUUUUUCACGGACAAUCUGUGGGGCAGCCUUCCGCUGUCCUGGCAGGCUGCUCUGGCUGACCUCCAGCCCCCACAGCUGGCUGCCCUCCUGCUGGAAAACAGACACACCAGAGAGGAAGAAGCCAGGUACAGCUCGGUCUGGCCGCUCUCCCUGCUGGCCUUCAAAGCCUCUGCCGACGCCUUGGCAUUCCCCAGGAGGCCCAGUGGCUGGGCUGGCAAGUCCAAGGAAGCCGGGAGGCCGGAAGAGUUCCGGGACAACCAGUGCCAGAGCUCCAGGCUACCGCCCCUUUUCCGGAAACAUGUCAAACCCAAGAAGCAGCACGAGAUCCGGCGGUUGGGGCAGAUGGUGAAACGGCUGAGUGACCUCACGGGGUGCUGCCAGGUGGUCGACGUGGGCUCUGGCCAGGGCCACCUGUCUCGCUUCCUGGCCUUUGGCCUGGGUCUCUCCGUCAUCGCCAUCGAGGGAGACCCCCGGCUGGUCACCCAGGCUGCCAAGUUCGACCAGGAGCUGGUGCAGGCGCUGAGGAAAGAGGGGGCCAAGCGACGAGGGCAGGUCCCUAGUGGAAUCUCUCUUGAGGGGCCGAGGCACGUGGCCGGCUGGGUGGAUCCUGGGGCGCCGUGGACCGAGUUCUGGCAACUGCUGCAGCACCCAGAAGAGGAAGAGCAUGGCCCUGUAGUGGACAGAGGCAGCCCUGGGGCCUUCCGGCCCAGAGAGACAGCAAACGUGGAUCCUGGAGGAGAGGAUCUUCCAGGCUCCCCGGAACGUGGAGCCGGCAACACACCCAUCUGCCACACUCCCAGGGGGUGCCAGCUGCUCCUGACGGGACUCCACGCCUGCGGCGACCUGAGCGUGACGCUCCUGCGCUACUUUGCCCGCUGCCCCGAUGUGGUGGGCAUCACCUCUGUGGCCUGCUGCUAUAUGAAGCUCACCACGGCAGAAGCCCCCGUCCCACCAGGCCCUGGGCCCCCACACAGUCCUGCAGAGCCCGGCUACCCCCUGAGCACCUGGGUCUCCACCCUGCCCGGCCACCAGCUCUCCUACAAGGCCCGUGAGGGGGCCUGCCACGCCCUCGAGGACUACGCCCAACGGCUCAAGAGCCAGAGCUCCGCCCUCAGGACUCACUGCUUCCGCGCAGCGUUAGAGACGGUGAUCCGGGCUGCUGACCCAGCCAAGAAGCGCCUGGGGGUACAGACCAUCACCAAGGCCCACCAGCUCACCUUUAGCGAGUACGCCCGCCUGGGCCUGGAGAGGGUAGGGAUGGACCCUCAGGCGAGGCUGGAGCCUGGCCCCUUGCAGACGCUGCUGGCCCAGGAGGGGAAGGUGGUGGCCUUCUUCAGCCUGGCCCUCCUGCUGGCCCCCCUGGUGGAGACCCUGCUGCUUCUCGACCGGAUGAUCUUCCUGCAGGAGGAAGGGUUUCACUGCCAGCUGCUCCCGCUCUUUGACCCCGCCUUCUCCCCCCGCAACCUGGUGCUGGUGGCGGCCAAGACCCCUCUGGGCUCCGCUCUCCUGGACGUGGCAGCGGAAGAUUGAGGGAGACCGCUUGGCGAUGCCUGGGCCCACAAACCCUGCCCCACACUGCAGGAAGCCAGAGAACAGCAACACCCGGGAGGGGAAAAGCAUGGCGUGGGCACUCCGGACACCCAGAUUCAGGCCCAAACAGGGCUCCCGCUGCCAUCUUCCCUUGCAGCUGGCCUGGCCAGGGAGGGGUCAGGGAGGGUGGAAGAGAUCUGGAGAGGUCUCUUCCCCUUCCAUCUGUGCCGUGGAGGCAACACAGCAACCCAAAAGAGCUACGGAGACGCGAGUAGCCAAACACCUUCCUCCUUGGCACCCUCCUCAGUAAGGAAAUGCAAAGGAGGGCAAAAGACCCUCACCCACCACUAUCUGUCAAGUCCAGCUGAGGAACGGCCUCUCCCAGGACUUUCAGAGCGACAAAAGGCAGCUGGGAAGAGGACUUCAGGAAAUUUCAGUGAUUCAUAAAUUUUUUAAGUGACUUGGCUGCUCAUUUCCAUCAUUUUCUGUGUUUUUUCCAUGCACUGUGGCAUUUUACGCAUUGUAACUUUGCCGCUGUUUUUAUUAAUGUGUUGAAUGUUUUUAAUUUAUCAACAUAAUUGUUGAGAGCAGAUUUCUGCUUAUCUGAUAUGUUCAGAAUGAGUUUUACCGUGUACUAUUGUGACGCUGUACUGUGUACUAUUAUAUUCUUGACUAUUACCUUCGUUUGAAAGAAGUUGCUUAUC